CCAAGGGCGAUGCUCUGCCAGCUGAGCGCUCGUUUUGACCCGCGUCGGGACGUGGCGCCUUGGCUUUCCGAGCGGGCGGCGGCUGAGCGGCGAGGGCGAGCGGGCAGCGCAGAUACUUGGGGAAAUAAUUUGGAAACACUGUAUAUAAUAAAUGUGGAAAGAAAUGGAAAUGUUCUUUAUACCUGGAAGGGGGCUCAGGAAUACACCAAUAUUGGAUUGUAUGAUCACAACAGUAAAAAAAAUCAGCACCUGUAUACUUUUGAAAAAGACCUACGUGUGAUCAGCUGCUCAAUCAAUCAUGAAAAGACCUUGUUGGCCAUCAGUUUUCUUCAGACAGCACAGGAAGAAAAAAAGCUCCUAUUUCAACCAGUGUCUAAAUGUCUGACCUUGCUAAUUGAAAUUCAUCCACUUAAUAAUGUGAAAGUUUUGAAGGCUGUGGAUAGCUAUGUCAGAGUACAAUUUCUAUAUCCCGUUACAGAAAAAAAGUUGUUUCCAGAUAGCUGCCUCUUACUCAUUUCAGAAGAUAAAUAUGUUGAAAAAUUGGAUAUCAGAACUGUCAAAGAAGGAGACAGGGUGAUGAUUGAAAAUUCAAGCCGGCUUUCGAAAGAGAGAAUUGCUGAUGAUUUCAUUUGGUAUCAGUGGGAUAUGCUAGAACAAAGACUAUUCUACAUUGUCACAAAGGAAGAAAGGGACACAUUAAACGGCAUCCAAUUUUAUCCCAAUAAAGACUUUAAACUAAUACUCGAAGCACCUUUAGAGAUCUCCUUGACUGACAUAAGAUUAAAAUCUGUGAACUUGGACUAUAGCUAUUAUCAAGACCAAGAACCUAUACCCAAACCUUUGGAUGUUCGUGUUUUUACCAGUGACGUAGGAAGUUUAUGUCUAUGUUACAGUCUGGCUACUUUGAAUUCCAAAGAAGUGACAUAUUCUGUGUGUUUUCUACAUAAAGGUUAUAGUAAAACAUAUACUACUACUUUGGAAAAAAUGGAUUCUCUAGAAAUAAAGGAGCUGGCUUUUUUGGACCUUGACUCUUACGUGGCUGCAUACUUACCUGGACGGUUCCUGCACCUUCUGAACACACAACAUCCUGACUUGAUCUGCCAUAGUUUCUUUCUAACAGGUGAAGACGCGGAAAUCAAUCAACUGAACACUAGCACUGUCUUUUCCCCUGUCAAGUCGAGCAUCUUGGAUCGCAGCACUGGAAGAAUAUUUACUGUUGCGAUGAACCAAAAGGCCUUGUUGCAAUUUCUGUGGAACAGCAAGUUGGAUAAUGACAAAUUAGCGGCGUUGCACUGCCUCCUUCUACAUGUUGGAAGUACAGUGGAUUUGGAAAACCAGAUUAUCCAGUGGAUUUCUGACAAUGUGUCAACUUGUUUUGCAUUUGAUCCUAUACAAGAACUUAUCAUUGCUUCUUUAUACUGGAAAAUGUGUCUGGAAUCCAUCAACUUGGAAAAGCUUUUACCCUACACUUCACUGCUGAACUGGAAGGAGGAUGUUCCUGGAAUUCUGUGUAAAACACACAUUAUCUCAUUACCAUUUUUAAAGGUACAAAACUGCAAAGGUUUCUGGGAAAAGUUAAACUUGAACCUGGAAUAUGUGAAAUAUGUUGAACCGCCCUUGCAUUUCAGCCACCAGGUGCUUAGGAGGGAAUGGAAUAAGUUGCUUUCAGAUCAGAAGACUGCAGCAAGAACAACUUACAUCAAAAGCAUAUUUGAAAACACAAAAAAGGUGCUUUCCAGUUUGAAUACAUGGGAAACAGAAGAAAGGAUAGCUCCUCUUUUUCAAGAUGAGGAUUACCAGCAACGCUUACUAACAGGACUGAUGGUGGCACAGUUGAAAGAUCAUCUCCUAAGACCCCUACAGUAUGUUGGCAAAAAGAAGAUUGAUCAAAUAGCUGUGGAUUAUGUUUCAAAACUGCUGGACCUAAUAUGUCGGAUGAUGGAGAACAUUUGGAGGAAAUACAGUCUUAGUUCCUUGUCCUUCUCAUUCAGGCAACAAGGGAAAGCAAAUGAGAUCAUCGUGUUCCAUAUUAUGUGUCAGAUUCUGCAGGCCACCAGUGGGAUGUGUUUGCCUUUGCCCCCAGGAUUUCACACUCUUCAUUUGGAGAUAGGAAUGAGGUGCUUCCCUUUGCACACAGUCCUGCAGUACGUUGACCACGGAGUAUUGCAUCUAACAGAAAAGUAUGUCAUGAAUCUUUGGAAAGAAUUAGACAACACUGAAAAGAAUGUGAAGCUCAAGUUAAGUAUCCUUACAAGGCUUCCCCAGGCAAUUGGUUGCAAGAUUUGUCAGCUGUGGAACCACUCUUUAAGCUCAAAUGCUAUUGCAAGGAACUAUGUUAAACUCUUGUUUGAGAAACUCAGAAAUAAACAGUGCAAUAUAUUAUUCACGGACAGAAUAUCAGCCCAAAUUGAGUUUCUCCCACUCAACUAUUUGGUUGCUAUCAUAGUAGAAAUGGAGCAUCAAGGAUGGGCAGCCUCUAUGGAACAAACCAACAUGAAUGCAAGAUUGGUUGAAGAGUUGGCACUGAAGCACACUACAAUGCUCUUAGGUCUUUAAUUAAUUUAUUUAUCAAAGACAAAAUUAUGAAUUUAGUAGCAGCAACAUUUUGUUAUGCCUUUUAACAUAUGCAACUGAAUGCUAGAGGAGACGCUGGCAUGAAGCUGUAAUAUUAUGUCCAAGAGAAAUACCAGAACUUCUGCUUGCUGCGGGACUAUAGUUCAUUAUAAUGCGUGGGCUCAAGGCUUUUAAAAGUCUAGUGGGUGUGCAAAAGGGUUUUGGUUUUGAACUUGAAAUGAGCUGUUUCAUUUUCAAAACAGUUGCCUCACAUAGAAACAGCCUGUUCCAAAUAUGAAGAAACUUUUUUGAAUUCCAAAAAAGGUAUUUUGGAAUUCAAAAUAGUCUGAGCUUCAAAUGUUUUGUACAUCAUUAGAAUGGGUGCACUGAAAUAUUCUGAAAUAAAUGUUAUAAUCCACGAUUAAAAUGAAUGGGAUUUGUCUCACUAUAAUAUUACAAGUAUAAAUUGAAUCUGGAUUCGGGAUAGUAUUUGUUAUUAAUGGGAUGCACCACUGAGGCUCCAAAGCAAGGACAGUUAUGAGCAAUUACAAAAUUAUGAUUGUCUUCUAGAGUAAAUGUUGGUAUAAAAUUUGCUAAUGUUAGCAUUCAAAUUUUUACCUGUAAGAUUGAAUAAUAGAAUGGUGCAGUAAGGAUCUGGCAGCUAUUUAUUAUGUAUAGAUGAGAUACAUCCAUGAACAGGGUACGAUAAAAUAUUGCAAUUGGGAAAUCAAAACUUUUAUGUAAAUGGAAAUAAAUGUAUAGAU